AUGACACGGGGGAUACUGCUGGGUUUUUGUUCAGUUCAGUCAUUCGGGGAGAAAGAAAACUGUCGACCUGAUGGGCGGGAGCUGUCAGAAUUCAGAACCACAACACUAAACAUAGGGCCCAUAACCACAGCUGACGGGUCAGCCCUGGUGAAGGUUGGGAACACCACGGUCAUCUGUGGCGUCAAAGCGGAGCUGGCAAACCCUACAGUGGAGACACCUGGUAAAGGUUACAUUGUACCCAACGUGGAUCUGCCACCUCUGUGCUCAUCUCGAUUUCGGCCAGGCCCACCAGGAGAGCAGGCACAGGCUGCCAGCCAGUUCAUCGCUGAUGUAAUCGAAAGCUCUGAAGUGAUACAAACAGAGGACCUGUGCAUUGAAAGAGGAAAGCUCUGCUGGGUGCUCUACUGUGACAUGAUAUGUCUCGACUAUGAUGGAAACGUGCUGGAUGCUUGUGUCAUUGCCCUGCUGGCUGCCCUGAAGAAUACUCAGCUCCCAGAGGUCACCAUCAACAAAGAGACAAGUGCACCCGAGGUGAAUUUAGAAAGAAGACAUGGGUUACAUAUUCACAAACACCCAGUCGGAGCCUCUUUUUGUGUCUUCGAUGACUCUAUACUGAUCGUGGACCCCACAGCUGAGGAGGAAAGUCUGUCGACCGCUCACCUCACUGUGGUGACAGAUGAGGAGGAUCGACUCUGCUCUGUACACAAACCAGGUGGAACGUCACUGUCCGGAGAGAAGCUGCAGGAGUGUAUCAGCCGAGCAACAGUGCGACAGCGAGAGAUUCAGGAACUCAUUGACAAAGUCAUACAUAGCGUGAAGACGGCACAUUAAAGACCCUCAGACAAAGCGUUUU